AUGUCACCUAGAUCUAGAUGUCGUGAUAUAAUGUACAACUUUUCGAUACUGAAUGGACCAAUCAAAUUUCUUGACUUUUUACAAGAGUAUAUUAAAAUGAUAUUCUUGGAUGCUUACAAUGAUGGUUAUUUCGUAUGA